AUGGCGACGGUCGAUCCCGGGGAACUAGCCUGGCGUCGACGUUGGGCCAAAGCUUUCCCCACACUUGUGCCGCACUUGAUGGAUGUCGGGCCGUCGCCAGCGACCUUGCCUGUACCGAUUACGAAAUUGCCGUAUCCGGAAGAAUUUACAGCUACAACCGACAAUAUGGAUCAUUUGUGGUGGCAGCGUCUGGCUUGGCGAACCUUUUGGGACGAGUACACGGACGACCGAUCGCUCCCGGACGUGGCGUCCGACGAUUGUAUCCCCAAUAUUAACAGCAACAGCAACAACACUGUAAGCAACGCCAACAUCAACAACAUCACAGGCCUUCCUCCCGAAGAUCCCCCUUCCGUACUCCGCAACAUUGCGACCUGGAAUCAGAGUUUGGGUUACGGAGAAAUCACCGCCGAAGCGACCUGGACGUUGGUGCGUACCAUCCAACCGUACCUGCCAUCAUCCCAAUCUCUGACAGCCGUGGAUUUGGGUAGUGGGAACGGUAAGGUCUUACUGGCGGCAGCCUUUGCCUAUCCCUUUCGUAAACUCGUAGGCCUGGAACUCCUGCCCGGUCUCCACGAAGACGCCCUGCGGUACCAAGCCUACUGGCAACAACGGUGGAAAGGUACAGCCGCAUCCAAUACAACAAUCCCGACAACACUAGGAGCAGCAGCAAUAUCGACAACCACCACAGUAUCGAAUCUCGAUCCGUCCACCCUAGCCACAAAAUCCAGCGAGACCGGCGCUCUUUCUCCGGCCGUGUUGGAAUUCUACUGCGACGACUUUACCAAUAGUCCAAACGUCGAUUGGAUCCAUCAAGCCGACGUGGUCUUUUGCCACGCCACCGUGUUUCAAACAAAACUCUUGGAGCGUCUGCAAGUCUGUUGCGAACAAACUCGUGAAGGGACCUUGUUUUGUAUGGUCACCAAACCCUUGCAGUGCAACGCACGCAUCGAAACGUUGGCCGAAAUACGACUCGAUAUGAGUUGGGGACGAGCGGCCGUCUACGUGCAACGCCGUAGAAUCCAUCAUCGACUACCACCAACCGAGACAGCGACAGAUUUGUCUCUUAAUGUCACCACGACGACUGUGUCAACCACGUCUCCGAACGAUCAAUCGGCCCCACAGGCCACUGAACUAAGAGCCAACGCCGAUUCCUCCGACCGUGGCACUAAUUGUACCAGACACAGCAUGGCUUCCCAAAAACGACCAAUGCCUACAAGUUCUACCGAGACGGCUGUAGCACAAAAGAAGCGUCUAGUGGCCGAUUCCGAAGCAACGCUUGCAGAAUCUGCCCUGUCGUUGAACGAGGUACCGGAAACAAUGGAGUCACCGCCUCAUUUGGUAAGCUUCGAAGCACCUUGUCCAAGAGGCGAGCCGAGAGAGGAAAAAGUGUGUUCGACAGUCGCGAGACCAAUCGGAGAUGAGUACCGAAUUUUGCAUCUGGACGAUUGCCCCGAUCUUAUACACCAAGUUGGCGGUGCCGUCCUUACGUGCCCACCAGAUCUCGAAUCCAUGCUGUGGGAGAUGGGCGACAGCGUUCCGGAUCCUACCAAACUGACGGGACAGCAACAGUACAACCGAGUAUCGGGCAAAUCUUCCAUGAGUGUACGGUACCGUAUGUACGAUGGCAGCAAUUUGCAGCAAUCGUUCGCCGCCAGUAGCAAUACCCGAACGGAAAAACAGUUCCUCGCCCGCUGCGGCCCAUCGCUCGAUCUAUUUGAUGCGGUCCUGCGGCAAUUUGUGCUGGAGCAAAAAUUUUGCAAGUCCUGGCACGAGUCAUCAACCAUGAAGUAUCGCUUUUCGGUAAUGUUCACCGACAGUCAGGCCGUUCCACAAAACGCUCACAUUGAUUACCAAUGGGAUGAUUUGGACGGAUCAGAUCCCAUGCCGUAUCUCGGAUUUCUACCGUUGACGAAAGCGGGUAUGUUUUUACAACUGUGGACGGGUAAUCCGGAUGACGGUGUGAUCAAAAUGGGGAACAUCGUGUUUGUACCGUGGGGAAAGUUGCUCUUGGUUCCGGGCAACACGGUCCACGGCGGGGGCUUCCGUACGGGUAAUCACGGCAAUUUACGGGCGCACUUUUACAUUCACUUUGGCGUCCUCAAGGUCAACGCCAACAAUCACUACAAGAAUCGGUACGGGUACGAUCUUUCCUUGACGCAUCUGCACAAUCCAUCCAACGAUUUUAGCAAGUUUUGGAACUAGAUGAAUGGAAUUGCUGUCGCAAUCGCUACGCAAACAGAUUGAAUAGAUUUUCCCUGGGGAGAAAUUUGUAAAAUAUAAGCUUAUGCUCAUUUUUUG